AUGGCUACCAGCGAAAUUAGACGCCGUGAUCGACGAGGGGCGAAGCCGGAACAUAUUCUUUACAUGGCGGUGAAGAUCAUGCGUUUAAGAGUAUCUGAAGGGUUGAGGAACACCUUCAAAUGCAUGGGUACAGCCAAUAUUACGCGUGCUCAGUUACAAGACAAAGCGUUUUUGGAGCAAUGCAUCGAGCAUAACCUAUCGUUUCUGAAAUCUAUUCCCAAUUCCGUUCAAUACUGGCAGCAAAGAAAACGAGACGUCUUCGCUAUGAUUCGUCAAUUGGGAAAGCCAACUAUGUUUUUGACAAUGAGCGCAAGCGAAGUUCGAUGGUCGCACCUGCUUACCAUAUUGCACAUAUUGUCCAACGGGAGCAAUGAGGCAGGUGUUUCAGAUGUGAUGCAACAACUUACUGCAUUGCAACGAGCCUCGCUUGUAAGCGAAGAUCCGGUAACAUGUUGUGCAUACUUCAACAAGCUGGUCAAUGUGGUUAUGAUGUUACUCUCAUCCACAAGGUACAGUCCUUUCGGUGAAUACUUUGUUGUUGAUUACUUCAAACGCAUAGAAUUUCAACACCGUGGAAGUCCACAUGCGCACAUUCUUCUUUGGUUGGCCAACGAUCCCCGUGAACAGAUGUCGGAGAAUAUGCCUGGAACUGUUGAGUUAAUAGAUUUCCUCUGCUCCGUUAGUUCUGAGAAUUUACCUGAAACCUACAGCAAUCAGGUUCAUAAACAUACCUUCACUUGCUUUAAACGCAAUGAUAAGCGGUGCCGGUUCAACAUACCAUACUGGCCGAUGGAUCAAACUAGAGUUCUGAUCCCAAUCACGGCAGGUGAUGGCAGACGAGAUCAAUUGAGUCGACGUGCUGCCAAAAUGCGGGAUACCCUAGAAACGAAGGUUUUCGACACUCUAGAAGCGUUCCUUGCUGACUCUAACUGCACUUUCGACUAUUAUCUCGAUGUUAUACGUUCGUCCAUCCGCCGACCGACCGUCAUUAUGAAACGUUCAAUGACACAGCUUCCUUCCAGCAAUCCUUUCAACCCGUGGAUCGCUAAGAUACUGCGUUCCAACAUGGAACUGCAGGGUAUAAGCAGUUUGCAUCGCGAACUGAUAAAACUCCAGGAAGAGCAUCCUGAACAGGACUACAACGGUUUGCUUAAAAAGGUCAGCAUUAAAAUGCUCAACACGGUGGAAAUGUCUGCCCAGGAAGCUGCAUGGUAUUUGCUUCGCCAACCAAUGUCGGAAGCUAGCCGUAAGGUGGAAUUUAUUCCGACAAUGUGGCCGCAUCAGCGCAUCAAAUCCAGGAAACGGAUAAAACAAAUGGAUGAAGAAGGGCUAGAGAAUGAUUCCACUGAUGUUUGGACUCUCAAUAUUAUUCAACGAUAUCAAUCGCGUGAAGGGAUGGACGAGGUAUGCUUGGUGGACUUUGCUGCCCAUUAUACAGAGGAAAGGGGCAGAAAGAACUCAUAUAAGAUGCGAAGAAUACCCCGUGUGCUGCGAUGGUGCUCAUACAGUAUGGCGGAACUAGUUGAAUAUAAACGAGAAAUGGUGUUACUUUUUCUGCCAUUCAGGAAUGAAGUCUGUGAUAUUCUGGAUCACAACAAAUUCCUUGCUCUGUAUGAAGACAACGAGACGACUAUUCUCGCCAAGCGUAAACAUUAUGACUGCGAGAUCAACCUGGAUCAGGUCGUGGAGGAAUACCUUCGCCUGUCUACUGCAAAUGAAGAGCAGCAGGAGGUUGCUAGCAGUAAGCGCGAUGAGUUCGCCCGUACGAUCGUAAUGGAGCCAAACAACGACGACAUUCACAACUUGCCCACUGGACCCUUAGCGGCAGUUGUAAAGCAGCGCUCCCACCUCAUGUCAAAGCAGGACUAUUGUGCAUUGGUGCGUGCUACUAAUCCAGAGCAAAGGGAUUUGAUUUUACAACUAAUCCACUCUCUAUACAAUUUUGAUGGAGAUGAGAAGCCCAUGCAGAUCUUCUUCACUGGACCUGCUGGAUGUGGAAAAACAUUCACACUCCGCAUCCUGAUGGAGACUGUCAAUCGCUUCAGCCAAACACAAAACAGCCAGAACAACGCAUAUGUUGCAUGUGCGUCAACUGGUAAAGCGGCCGUCGCCAUUGGUGGAACUACGGUCCAUUCAGAUUUCCGUAUCACGAUGUCCAGGAGAAACUGCACGAAGCUGUGUCCCGAAACAUUGCAGCUGUACCGUAGCGCUUUUUCCAAAAUUCACGUUGUCAUCAUCGACGAAGUAAGCAUGAUUGGUGCUGAUGUGCUGAACACUAUCCACGUUCGCCUCCAGGAAAUAACGGGAAAUUUUGACGAACCGUUCGGCGGUAUACAGAUCGUGUUCUGCGGUGAUCUUAGGCAGUUACCUCCAGUUAACGCCCGACCAGUGUAUAAACCUCGUGCCAAUUCGAUGCACGGUGCAGUGUUGUGGCAAUCACUUUCCUUCUUCCCGUUGAUCAGAGUGAUGCGACAAGCAAAUGCACAGUUCUCCUCUAUACUAACAAAGAUUGGGAAUGGGGAACCACUCACUCUAGAGGAAACUGAGCUUAUCGAAAGCAGGUUCCGAACAGCUGAAUGGUGUAAGCAAAACGUUCCUGGUGCAGUGCGUCUCUUCCAUCGAAACGCUGAUGUUGAACGGUACAACUCAGAAGCGUUGGUAGACCGAGACACAGUAGACUGUGUGGCUGACGAUAUUUAUUCCGGAUACAGGAACGCUACUCAACUAGCUAGUGCACGCUCCAAGGUAAACAAGAUGAGUGUCGUGGAGACUGGCGGUCUGCCAUAUCUACUACGUCUUGCAGUUGGAGCACCGUUUAUGAUCACCACCAAUGUCGACGUUGAAGAUGGCAUCGUGAACGGCGCAAUUGGUGAGCUGAAGUAUUUGGGGCACAAUGAAGAUGACCCACAACAGUCCAUUGUCAAGCUUUGGAUGGAAUUCGAGAAUGACUCCAUUGGGAAGACCCUUCGAAUAAAAUCGAGACCAGCUGUUUACGCUAAACCUGGCAUACUUCAACCUGAAUGGACUCCGAUCAGCAAGCGGACAGCAAAUGUCACUCUAAGCUCUAACGUCAAAUGCAAACGAAUCCAAUUUCCUGUGGUGAGUGCAAGUGCCCUUACCGUACACAAGUCUCAAGGUGGCACAUUUUCGGAGAUUGUGUACGAGUACGAAAAGGGACAAGAACAACAGUUAGUGUAUGUUGGGCUAUCCAGGGUAACAGCACUUGAGGGACUCUACCUAACCAAUGCCAAAGGAUUGUUCAAAUUUCACCACGCGAAGGGAACCACGUCACCAAGGAUCCAGGAACUACGGACGGAGCUUCAACGUUUGUCCAAUCACCGGUUGCGUACCAUCGGACAAGAGAUUAUCGAAAUGAUAGAGACCCGCAGCUCUGCGUGCAAGAUGAUGAGUAUAAAUGUGCAAAGUCUCCAUGCGCACUCAUCAGACGUCUCCUCCGAUCAUGUCAUAACCCGGGUGGACUUGCUGGCGUUGAGUGAAACGUGGCUGAACGAUGAUGCAUCAGUUGAAAUAUCAGGGUUCACGUGCAUCAAUAAAUCGAAGCGAGCUAGUGCAAGAGCUGGUGGCGUUGCGAUUUACAAAAAUAAUGUUGGGUUUGUUAACGCUAUUCCGCAUACCAUCGAUAAGCUUAACGAAAGUUAUGAUGCCCUACUUCAAGUAGCCGAUGAACAUGGCGACGUUUGUGCUGCUGAAAUCACCAUUAAUAACACCAGUGCGCUGCUUUUUUGUGUGUACAUUUCACCAGGUACCACCGUUAAACAGAAAAAAUACAUCAUGACGCGUCACCUGAUGAUGUAUUCAAAAUCAACCAUGCCCCUCGUUGUCACCGGGGAUUUCAACAUUGAUGUUUCGAAGCAGGAGAAUGUCGAAUUUAUCGAUUUCAUGUUGAAAUACCUGCAUUUGACUUUAGCGUCUGAUCCCUCCCUCGCAACUACCAACGGAGGUUCUUGCAUCGAUCUGACGUUCACCAGGAAUGUGCGAGCGGAAUUUUGCAAUGUAACAGCACCAUCAGCAUCAUCAUCCACACAGCAUCUUAAUCAUCAACAGUAUCCACCGAGAGCGUUGGUUCUGCCCGGUUGUGUCGAUACCGGAGAAGCAAGACCAAGUGCAAUACAAACUCUGAUCACAUUGGGUUCGAAUCAGGGAUGGAGGUACGUGCUUAUUGAAACAAGGCCGAAUCAUAUCCACGCCACGGCCACUAUUUGGCAUCCGAAGAAGUUCUACCCUGGGCCGCAGUACAUCAUCACCGAGUUCAUUUCUGGAACGUUUCCAACAUUUGGAACUGUGAAAGUGUUGAGCAAUUUCACUCUGAAAAAUGAAUGCCAGGGUGUGAGUCGGGGCGCGCCUGGAAGAGUGGGAAUGUUCUCACACAAGAAGGACAAAUGA